AUGGGUUGUUUCUAACCUAAAGGUAUAAAUAAAAUUGUUGCUAUGCAAACAACAAACAGAGCUUACAUCUUUACAUCAACAGCAGACAUACAUAAAAUAUUUUCUUUCGGGAGAGUGCUAGGAAUUGGAGCCUUCGGUAAAGUUCUCUCAGCUAAAAGGCGAAAUAAUUCAGAGAAAUAGUACGCCAUAAAAAUGAUUGACAAGAGAAAAGUUAAGGGAAGAGAGACCAUGCUAGCCAAUGAAAUAUAUAUAUUAUAGAAGUUAGAUCACCCGAAUAUUAUAAAAUUCCAUGAAGUAUAUUAAAGUGAACUAUACUUCUAUAUUUGUAUGGAUAAAUGUGCUGGGGCAGAACUUAUGGAGAGCAUACCCAAAAAUUAAAAAUCAUACACGGAGGGUUAGGCGAGAGAUAUUAUGGUUAAAGUAAUUAAUUGUUCUAUUUGUAGAUCAUUUCCGCCAUAGCAUACAUUCAUGAACAAGGAAUUAUACAUCGAGAUAUUAAACCAGAAAAUAUUAUGUUCACCGAUCGAGACAUCAGAUCUGAGCCUAAACUUAUUGACUUUGGGCUUUCAGUGAAAUACGAUGCCUUCAGCUACAAGUAAUGAAGAUCCAAUAUAUUUAGUAAACUCAAAGCUGGAGUAGGAACACCUGUCUAUUUAGCACCAGAAGUAAUCGAAGGGACUUAUAGUGAAAAAUGUGACGUUUGGAGUCUCGGAGUUUUAUUGUUUAGUAUGCUUGUGGGCUAUCCUCCUUUCUAUGGGAAAAAUCGAUAAGACCUUUAUGAAAAUAUACAAUAUCAAAAUGUAUUAAAUUUAAUUUAUACAUAGUUGAUAUUUGAUCGAAGACAUUGGAGAAACACAAGUGACGAAGCAAAAGACCUUCUGAAGAGAAUGCUUAACAAAAAUUAGCACUUAAGAUAUUCUGCCAAGGAAUGCCUUAAGCACCCAUGGUUUCAACUUUAAUUUAAGGAUGGGGUUUUUAGACCUCCAAGAAGGAGUACUGGAUUUUCAGGAUCGCAAACUGAAGACGAUUAAAGGACAUUAUAUUAAAUGCUAAAGACUUACAGAAUUUGUGCUAAAUUUAAGAAGGAAGUGAUGAAAGUUUUGGUUAAUCAGAUGAAUGAAAAGGAUUUAGGGAGGUUGCAAUAAAUAUUUAAAAAUAUUGACGUUGAUAAUUCUGGUACAAUUACAGUCUAAGAACUACAUCAAGCACUUUAGCAGGAGGUAUUGAAUGAAAUAAUUAUAAGGGUUCCUUAGCAACAGUGGAAGAGAUUGAAUAAAUUAUGGAAAACAUUGGGUAUGACUUUGAUGAAUUAGAGGAUUUAUCAAUAUCUCAUUCUCACAAAUCCACAACCAAACCUUUAAUAAUUAAAUACAGUGAUUUCUUAACUGCCUGUAUUGAUGAAAGACGUGUUUUUACAAGGGAGAAAUUGUGGUCUAUUUUCAAAUAUUUUGAUACCUAGAAUGAAAAUUUUUUAUCAAGGGAAGCCAUUAGAGAAUCAUUUGCCAGGCAUGGACGCUCACUUUCCCUUGAGAAAAUCAAUCAAAUGAUAGCUGAAAUAGAUCCUAAUAAUUAGAACAAAAUUGGAUUUGAAGCAUUUUGUUAGAUGAUGGGUGUUGCUGGAAUCUAAGAAACUCUAGAAUUUAAAGAUGAAACUAAAGAUCCUUAAUCUGUUGCUCCUUCUAUAAUUUUAUGA